UAUGUCUUAUAAAUUGUGGCAGUUUGAAACUAGACCCAUGUUCUGUCUAUGUAAGUCACUCCAUAGCUUUUACUCUUUCGACGCAUAUUCUACGGGGAAGAGUUGAUACAUGACACGAUCAUAUUCUCUUUAGGUGUUCUUCCCUUUAUUCAGUUUAGUUUAGGGUCGCGACCACGGGAUAUAAAUAUCGAGUUAAUACUCAUCAUAUUAUUCUAUCAUCUAGCACAUCACGCCAUAGAUAUCGUACAUACCAAAAACAUCAAUUUCAAGUUAAAAUACAUAUUCAUUACUCGUCGUUCUUAGCAAUAAGUAGACAGCCAUGCGUACCUUUAAUCAACGCAGUUCAUUACUCUCGGAUGACAGGCCACGAAGAAAACCGGAUGAUAUUCUCUUUGAUCAUCAGGUAUAUCAACAUCGCCAAGGAACAAGAUAUCGAUGGGGUGAGCAACAGUCAAAGAUAUUUCAGGACUAUGUCCAAGAAUUUCCAAACGACUACGCACGGAAUAUCGACAUACUUCUGGGGAGACUAGAUCUUCAUGGCUAUGGGGGAAUUGAGACCAAGCAAGGCCUCAACUUCGAAGGGAAGAUCUUGAUUCCAAAAGUGUUGCGGAAGCUUAUAAAUGUUAUUACUGAUCCCGAAAAAAGCAACCAUGGCGGUAAUCAACGCACUCCACAUAACCAAAACUCGGACUCAUCUACUCAAGCGAAUCAUCGCUAUCCACCCUGGCCCAUCUCAAAUUCUUCAAAGGAGAAUACUGAGCUCCGUCGUAGCUAUUAUAACGCAGUUAAAGUAGAUAACAACGAGCAUCCCGGAACUACAGUUCCACAGCCAUUACUCUUCGACACACAACCUCCUGGGUGGUCCGGACGCCUACCUUCGGGCAUGUAUGGAAGUCAGGACCUACAUAGGAACAACGAGCUCGAGAGCCUAGUACGCUCACUUAAGGAAAAAGUAAACAACAUAGAGAAUAUUAUAAGUGUAAAAGCCGAGGACAUAGCCGACGCUUAGAGUCGCAGUAGUACGUCGGAUAAUAGCCGUGUGCAUCGGUAGAAUUAUAAAAGGAUAAGACAAAAAAAGGGGGGAGGAAACAUUACUGCUUUUUGUAUUAACAAUGUUGCUCUACUGAGUUCACUAAGUCUUUGGGUGUCGCUCGUUUUCGUUUAGUCAUUCAUUCGCUGUAUUUAAUAGAUAAACAUUUAAAUAAGCUCAGAGUUCCAACGACUAGUUUAAACCUCUUUAAUAUAU